AUGUCUGCUUCCCGGAGAUCGGUUGCGCCGCUGGAAUUGACUCCUUUUCCAAGGAAGCACCACACCUGGACGUCCCAUCAUCAUCAUCAGUGUGCGUCCGAAGGCAUCAACAGCAGUUCAUUGGAGGCGCAGAGCUACUCGCUUCGGAUCUUGGCGGACGUCCACACCACCACCGACGGCCUCCUGACAGCACUGCCGUCGACAAGCGCUUCUAGUCCUGGAACGAGUUGCUUUGAUAACGCUUCCUUCCAACGCGCCCCCUCCCUCCACCUCUCAAUCUUCAUUCCCAGUAAAGCCGAAUGCGUCUGA